ACUAUCUGGCCAAUUCUAACUCGAGAUAUCGGGACAGUGGCUGUGGUGUGCUGUGAAUGACAGCAUCCACUCUUCCGGGUUGUGCUCAGUUUUGUCACACAAACCUUUCCCGGGGACAUGGCCUCGCUGAGCGCGCUCCCGUUGCCGGGUACCGUGUUUUUCUGGUACCUAGGUGUUCUAGCGGCCUCGUGGUGGGGACUGAGAGCCGCAUUGCGCCUUUUGAUUGGGGCCAGGGUCUGGCUGAUUGGGAGAGGCAGAGAGGUGGGCCCGAACUGCGGGAAAUGGGCAGUUGUUACUGGAUCCACAGAUGGAAUUGGGAAAGCCUAUGCUGAAGAGCUUGCAAGACGUGGAAUGAGUAUUGUCCUUAUUAGCAGAUCCCUGGAUAAACUCAAUGAAGUCGCCAAAGGAAUAAAAGAGAAAUUCCAAGUGGAAACAAAAAUUAUUCCAGCAGACUUUGGGAAACCUGAAGAAAUCUACGAGAGGAUAGAGGCACAACUAGCUGACUUGGAGAUUGGAGUUUUAGUGAAUAAUGUGGGGAUUUCCUACGAGUAUCCAGAAUAUUUUCUUGAUAUACCAGAUUUGGACAAUAUGCUCGACAAAUUGAUCAACAUUAACAUUGUGUCUGUAUGUAAGAUGACACGGUUAGUUCUGCCUGGCAUGGUGAACAGGUCCAAAGGUAUCAUUCUGAACAUUUCUUCUGCCAGUGGAAUGUACCCUGUACCUUUGCUGACUGUAUAUUCUGCAACUAAGGCUUUUGUGGAUUUCUUUUCCCGUGGUCUGCAGGCAGAGUACAGAAGUAAGGGUCUCACUGUGCAGAGUGUGCUCCCUUUCUUUGUGGCUACCAAACUGAGCAAAAUCCGGAAGCCAACAUGGGACAAGCCAAGUCCUGAAACAUAUGUGAGAUCGGCACUUAACACAGUCGGCUUACAGUCCCAGACAAAUGGAUACUUGCCUCAUGCCUUUAUGGGCUGGCUCACCACUUGUCUGCUCCCCAUGUCUACCACCAUUAACAUGGGCAUGAAUAUGAACAAAGGCCUCAGAGCCCGGUUCCUGAAGAAGGCAAAGUCCAACUAGAAAACCGAGAACUGACUGGUUAAAUGAGAAACUCUUUGCUUAUUAGGGUCUUUGUACAAUGGAUGGAGAAGAUUCAGGGCUGACUGGGAAAUAUAAAAAACAUAGAGAUCAGCUAAUGAGACCUUGAAGAUUGCCAGGGUCAUAUCUUUGUAAAUAGCUUUACUAAACAUACGUAUGUAGAUCUCCUCUGGCUGCCUGUAUCCUGACCAUUAAUGAUAGAUUUAUACUGUAUCACUGGCUAUUACUUGCUGUGUAUUAGCUUGGGGAAGAGUACUGUACACCAGCAGUGAUGGGCUUAACAAUAACUAGAUUUUUUAAAUAAAAAAAGAACCCGAUUUAAAUAAAAAUAAAAAAAGUUUACAAUUGAA